AUGCUCGAAAAUGCUCAAAUUGUCUAUUGGAUUGAUAGUGGGACGUUAUUAGGUGUAUAUCGUGCUCGAGAGCUUGUACCAUGGGAUUAUAACGUUGAUAUUGGCAUUACAAUGACUGGAUUUGACUUGAUUCAGUCGACGACAACGACAAACAAGAUACUGGAAAUACCGGAAGGAUAUGAAGUAACCGUAUUGAAUAGUUCACUUUAUGAUACGGGAGAAACAUCCACGGCCGUGCCUAUGAAAGUUAUUGACAGGAAAUUUGGAUUUUAUGCAAAUGUUUUUGUAUUUAAGGAAUUUGACGGACUUUUUCACGAUCAUUUGAGACCAGCAACUGCCUCAAUGGAAGAAACAAACAUUGACGAUGUAGAAGACAUUGUGGGAAAUGGUAUCAUUGUGGAAAAACUCAUUGGACCUGAGCCGUCCAAUAUGUGGCAUCGGUGCAUUUAUUGUCCUGUUGUUGGAGAAGAAGAUGGAAUCAACAUGAGCGGAGAAGCAUCAAAUGCCACAGUGGUAAAACGAUUUCAUAUCCCAAGAGAGUGGGUCUUUCCGCUACGAGUAUGCAAGGUGGAACUCUUUGAAGUCAUGUGCCCGGCACAGAUAACACCCUACCUUAUGUAUAUUUUUGGAAACAGGUUUCUAACGCCUCAAUUGUGGGAGUAA